AUGAAGUGCGACAUCUUGAGUUGCUCUCCUAGGCCAGUGGUGGUGGGGGGAGAUCUCUCCGUCCAUUCCGUGGCCUGGGGCUCCCCUUGCACCGAUACCAGGAGCCGCCUGGCCCAGGACUUUGCGGCGGGGCUCGGCCUGGUCCUCUUGAACCGAGGCCGGGUCAGUACCUUUGUGGGAGGCAGGGGGGAGUCCAUUGUGGAUAUCACGUGGGCUUCCACCAGUGCCCUAAACAGGGUCAAUGGUUGGAAGGUAGAGUCCGGCUCCCUGGGUGAGCUAUCUGAUCAUAUGAGCUCAUGGAGCUGGUCUCUACCCCCACGGAGGUGCGCAAGCAACACUACCGCAAACGAGAAAAAAAGCGAUGGGUCCUCAAGAAACUCGACCCUGAAACCUUCGAGGUUAGUCUCCUUGCCUCCACUUGGCCGGAGGGGAGAGGCUGACCUCAGAGCCGAGGAGAAGGCGGAGCGUCUAUGUGCCGUGGUGUCACAAGCUUGUGACGCUUCUAUGCCUUGCAGGAGGCCUAUGGCGCGCCGUGCUUCCUAUUGGUGGUCCGCGGAGCUGACAGAGCUCAGACGGCCCACCGUGGCUGCCAGGCAGGCGCAUACGCACGCCAAGCGGCGGUGCAUGGAGGAGGAGAUGGAUAAUGCCGCGGCGGUCCUCAGAGGGGUAAGGAAAGCCCUGAGGACCGCCGUUGCACGGGCGAAGGCUGCAGCUUGGAAAGACUUGAUUUCCAAACUGAAUCGCGACCCGUGGGGGAGGCCUUACCAAAUCGUGAUGAAAAGGUUUUGCCCAUGGGCACUUCCAGUCUUGGAGACGCUGCACCUCCAGUUCCUCGGUGAGGUGGUGAAUACGUUGUUUUCCACCAGGGGGAGGGACAUUCCGGAAAAGACCAGCCCUCCCCUUGGAUGGACCGAGGAGUUGAAGGUGUCCAACCAUGAAAUGGCCGCGGCUUUCGCCCGAAUAAGAGGAAGAGCGAGGGUGCCCGGGCCGGACGGAGUGCCUCCGGGAAGGUACUUUUCCUAG